AUGGAAAUAUCUAGUGAUUUUGAUGAUGAAGAUUACUUUUGUUCUGAUGAGAAUACUUUUAUAGACACUUGUAUUUUUGAAAUGUGUCCUUUUAAUCUAGUCAAUUUUGAUUAUGAAGAUGAUAUAGAAGUGUCUAGUCCACAUAUUGUGGAUAAUAAUACACAUCAAUCAUUAUGUAUAGAUAAUGAUAUAGAAAUUAUAAAUGAGAUUAAUGAGAAUAUAGAAUUACAAAAUAUAAAAAUUAAUAAUAUUAAAAACUAUAAAAGUACAUUUUAUAAAAAUUUAAUAAAUAAAAAAGAUCAAGAUACAUGCGGAAUAUGCUUCUCAUAUUUUACAGGAAAUAAUAAAAUAAUCACAUUAAAAUGUGCACACUUUUUCCAUUCAAAAUGUGUGGUACCAUGGAUUACGAGACAUAAGACCUGUCCAACAUGUAGAGAAAAGAUAUUUUAG